AUGAUCAACGGAAUCCAGAUGUUCACUGUUACCCCUGAGAAGGACACCACCUUCUACAUCAACAAGACUCAAGGCAGCAGUUGCUACAUGUGCACUAAAGUCCCAGGCAUCAAACCGGAAAGACAAUGUUACGACAACCUCCCCUUGAAUAAAAACACCCCUGUGACAAUAGAGUUUCACUGCUCCAGACCUCAAGAUGUAUUCAUUGUGGAAAUUGUGCGCAACAUAGCAUGCACCUCAACGUCGUGUGGCCGCAUCAUCCAGUCUGACUUCGGAUCCUCAGGCUUGUUGGAUUUUCCUCGCAGAUUUACUUGGAAAAUUAAGGCUUAUCCACAGAAAUCGUUUCAGAUAAAUUUUGCUAAGACAGGGCUGAGCCAGAUCGCUCCAACCGACAGCUGUAACGAUAAACACACCUACACUCUCCGAGCAGCAGACGUUCUUCUAGGAAAAUACUGCUCAUCUGGACCCAUCAGUAAUGCUCAGAUCCUGAAUCAGGGCAGCUUCUCUCUGGACCUCCCAGCAGGCCAGAAGCCAAAACCUGACCAGUUUGAUGUGUUUGUAGCAGCGAAAAUAGAUACCAUUGGCAACAUUUCAGUCACAUUACUGAAAGAAUCAUCCUCAACGCUGAUGUCACCAAACUACCCAAGAAGUUUUCCUAAUGAUGACGUGAUAGAGUGGUACUUUCAGGUCCCCAAUGAACACAAGGCAGCCAUUAAGUUUAUGAACCUGACGCUGCCGACUUGUUUGAAGGAUCAGACAGGAGUGGAGUACAGCAGCAGAGAAAAAACGCAGGUUGUUCGCCUGAAUGAGGUCCAGCCGGAACAGAAUGAGGGGAGCUUCUCACUCAGGCUGAGGAACUGUAAGAUGGACACAACACGUUCUGGUUCUGCUGGGCUCUCCAUGAAAUUCAAUGUAUCUGCUUAUCAAGGAGUCAAGAUUUUGACUGUUACCCCUGAGAAGGACACCACCGUCUACAUCAACAACACUGAAGCCAGGAGUUGCAAAGUGUGCAAGGUUACAAAAGUCCCAGGCAACUUACCAGAUCGACAAUGUCACAGCAACCUCACCCUGAGUAGCACCACCACUGUGACAUUAGAGUUUGACUGCCUCAGAACUCAAGAUGCAUUCACUAUGGAAAUUGUGCGCAACAUAGCGUGCACCUCAAAGUCGUGUGGCCGCAUCACCCAGUCUGACAUCAGCUCCUCGGACUUAUUGGAUUUUCACCGCAUAUUCACUUGGAAAAUUAAGGCUUAUCCACAGAAAUCGUUUCAGAUAAAUUUUGCUGAGAAAGGGCUGAGCCAGAUCGCUCCAACGGACAGCUGUAACGAUAAACACACCUACACUCUCCGAGCAGCAGACGUUCUUCUGGGAAAAUACUGCUCAUCUGGACCCAUCAGUAAUGCUCAGAUCAUGAAUCAGGGCAGCUUCUCUCUGGACCUCCCAGCAGGCCAGAGGCUCAGACCUGGCCGGUUUGAUGUGUUUGUAGUAGAGGAAAUACCUAUUAUUGCCAACAUUUCAGUCACAUUACUAAAAGAAUCAUCCUCUACGCUGAUGUCACCAAACUACCCAAGAAGUUUUCCUGAUAAUGACGUGAUGGAGUGGUACUUUCAGGUCCCCAAUGAACACAAGGCAGCCAUUAAGUUACUGAACCUGACGCUGCCGACUUGUUUGAAGAAGAAGAUAGCCCUAGAGUACAGCAGCAGAGGGAAACCACAGGCACAGGUUGUUCGCCUGGAUCAGAUCCAGCCGGAACAGAAUGAGGGGAGCUUCUCACUCAGGCUGAGGAACUGUGAGAUGGACACAACACGUUCUGGUUCUGCCGGGCUCUCCAUGAAAUUCAAAGUGUCUGCUUAUCAAGGAGUCCAGAUAUUGACUGUUAAGCCUGAGAAGAACACCACCAUCUACAUCAACAACACUAAAGCCAGCAGUUGCAAAGUGUGCAAUUAUAAAGAGGUCCCGGGCAACAUACCUAAGCAGCAAUGUCACAGCAACCUGACCCUGAUUAACAACAACCCUGGUACAAUAGAGUUUGACUGCUCCCGAUCGCAGGAUGAAUUCACUGUGGAAAUUGUGCACAACAUAGAAUGCACCUCGAAUUUGUGUGCCCAAAUCAUUCAGUCUGACGGUGGAUUCCCAGACUUUCUGAAUUUUUCUCGCAGAUUCACUUGGAAAAUUAAGGCUUAUCCACAGAAAUCAUUUCAGAUAAAUUUUGCUGAGAAAGGGCUGAGCCAGAUCGCUCCCACCGACAGCUGUAACGAUAAACACACCUACACUCUCCGAGCAGCAGACGUUCUUCUAGGAAAAUACUGCUCAUCUGGACCCAUCAGUAAUGCUCAGAUCCUGAAUCAGGGCAGCUUCUCUCUGGACCUCCCAGCAGGCCAGAAGCCAAAACCUCACCAGUUUCACGUGUCUGUAGGAGAGAAAAUAAACACCAUUGCCAACAUUUCAGUCACAUUACUAAAAGGUUCAAUGUCCUCAACGUUGAUGUUACCAAUCUACCGAGACAACGUCCCCAAUGGAGGAAUGGAGUGGUACUUUCAGGUACCCGAUAAACAUAAUGCGACGAUAAAGUUUCUGAACCACAUACUGCCAAAUUGUUCGGAUAAGCAGAUGGAAUUGGAGUACACUGGCAGCAAAGGAACAACGCAGGUCGGUCGCCUGGAUGACCUCCAGCCGAUACAGAAUCAGGGGAGCUUCACACUCAGGCUGAGGAACUGUAAGGUGGUCCGUACUCGUGCAAGUACCAAUCAAGGUGCUAAACUGAAGCCCAUACUUGGUGCAGUGGCUGCUCUGUUCCUCAUUUCCAUCAUAGUGCUGUUGGUGGUCUGCUUUGUGAUAAAGAAGAAGAGAAAAGGGCAAAGUCCAGCAGUUGCAGCCGAGAAUCCAGACCGAAAUGUCCCGAAAGAACCCAACAACCACCCAGAAGACUGCAACGACAGAAACCAUGUCUAUGCCACAAUUGAUGACUCGCUAGUCUACUCACACCUGCUGAACAAGCUGAAAGGCGGUGAACAUUAUGACUCCUAUCAGUCCCUGGACAUUAAGCCCAAAAAGCCAUCAGUCUAUGAAGACGUCGGUGGUGACAGCUCUGUGCCGCUCUUGCAAUCCAAACAAGGUCAGCCGCUUUCCAACAAGGCUUCAAGCUACGUAGAGCUCGUUGUGGUCAACAACGUUUAUGAUUUGGAGCAAAAUAACCAAGAGGAGUGUCCUUCCCUGGAACCACAUUUAGAGCUGAAGGGAGAAAACUGAGCAGAGUAUUCAGUUCAGCUUUUGGAAUUCCACUGAACCUUUUUCUUUCUCAAUUUUAUUUAAUACUGUUGAGGAAAAUAUCUUAGUUGUUAAAUUAAUCAGGCAGUUGUUUGAAGAAUAGCAUAACAAACCCCCCAAGGUAUGUCUCUCCUCUGUUGCUGGGUAAGAUAACAUGCAUGGGUUUUAUGGCAGGGGAUAGGUCAUUUGGCUUGACCCUUUGCAGAGUAGAAGAGUCUCUUUGUUUUAAGAACAGAUCACCACCCCCGCCUGAGGAGAUGCGAGGGUGUCACCCUUAAAAAGAAGUGUUCAGAGGUGUGAAAGUUAGACAGAACUUUUCACAUUGCCAGGAUGUCAGCUGGUAAAGAAUACAACAAAAUGGUAAUGUAAAAUCCUGUCUCCGUUGGGAAAUUCCUAAUGAAUUAAAUAUGAAUAUUACAAUGUUUACCUCUGAUCAAUGUUUUCUUAUUUACUGUCAAAUGUUAAACCAGGAUAAGAAUGGGCCUUUAGAGCUAAGCAGGAGCAGGCCGAUAUUAAUAUCUACAAUACCCUUUUUGUGGGUUUUUACGGCAACAGUGGCUAAUUUUUUCAUACAGUAGACAGACAGGAAAGGGAGUAUGAGAAGGAGGAAGACGUGUGGCAAAAGACCUCAGACUGGAAUCAAACCCGGGUCAACCACGUCGAGGACUAAGGCCUCCGAAUAUGGGUCGUCUGCACCUCCCCUGCGCCUUUGGAGCAUGUCCCACUGGACCUUCUUGGACCUUUUGAUUUUCCUUCCCUAACAUGUGUGUCAGUCUGUACUGUUUUUGUUAAAACGAGUUGUUUUCUCCAGAGAGGUGUUUUUAACCCAGCGCACUUCAGACCUGACUCUGGCUGGGAAUGUGUUUUAUUUCACCUUUUUAUUACAACUUUAUUAUUAUUUUAACUAGUCUACCUAGACCUCUGCUAACUUCAAUUGAGUUUUUUUGGUAUGAAAUUGUAUUCAUCUUUUUUUUUCCAAAUGAUGGAGGUUGUUCUAAGAGCUAUUAAUUCGUAAAAUUGUGUGUCAUUGCAAUAAAAAAACUGUAAACUGUGUUUACUGUCAGGGCCUUGAUACCUCUCUAACAUCCCAAGGCUGAACACUUUUGCAUAUCAUAAGACUUUUAGAACAUGAUAGCUGGUUUGUGUGCUGACAACGAUAACAAUGUAGCUGUGGUGGGUUGACAGAUAAGUGAAACUGUAGUAAGUGUGAAGUGCCCACAGGUAUCUUUUAGAAAGAAACUUCUUGUUGUUUUUAGAGUAGAUUUUAUAUUAAUGGUUCUUCUUAUUUUCACAUAUUAUUCUUUGGAGUAAUUAAGUACAUCAUAUUCUUCAGUAACAUGGCUUAAAUGUUUAACUUUCUAACUGAUGUCAUAAUCAAUGGAACAGUUAUUUGAAGUCAUUCCUUUCAAUGCUGGACUUUUUUUCACACUCUAGUCCUCAAAAUGAGAUGCAUAAAUAAAACAUUAUGAAAUAUUAUCUACUUGAAUAAAUAAGAUAUUCAAAUAGAUAUUCAAAGUAGCAGUGAAAUUGUGAAAUAACUGAACGCA